CAGUCACACUUAACCAGUCAGCUGAACAAUAUUUAAAAAUAAAAAAAGUCCUUAAAAUAAUGAUAAAAUUCUGACCUCUUGUUAGAUAUAAGGGUCCUUCCCAGUUGGUAGUUUAUUUUAUUCUUAAAUUUUUUGUUAAAAAAAAAAACUUCUACUUUGUCAUGGUUCGCGUUCUGUUCCUUCAUCCGGAUCUGGGAAUCGGCGGAGCCGAGCGCUUGGUGGUGGAUGCGGCUUUGGCCCUCAAGGAGCGAGGUCAUCAGGUUAGCUUCCUGACGAACCACCAUGACAGUACCCAUUGCUUCAAGGAGACGGCGGAUGGGACAUUCCCCGUAAAAGUCAUCGGCGACUGGCUGCCACGCAAGCUCUUCGGAAGAUUCUACGCCUUUUGUGCCUAUUUCCGUAUGCUGUAUGCUGCCUUCUACGCCAGCUUCUUCAUGCCGCAACGGGAACAAGUGGACGUGGUUAUCUGUGAUCUGAUUUCCGUGUGCAUUCCGGUUCUACGAUUGGCUAAACAUCGUCCGAAGGUUCUAUUUUACUGUCACUUCCCCGAUCAGCUACUGAGCGCCCAGGAGGGCCUAUUAAAGAGGUUGUACCGUUUCCCCAUCAACUGGCUGGAGGAGCACACCAUCGGGUUGGCGGACAAAGUGCUGGUCAACUCCAAGUUCACCCUACGGGUGUUUCGUGACACUUUCCGUCGCCUCAAAACUGUCCCAGACGUACUGUAUCCCUCGCUGCACACUCAGUACUUCGAUCAGAUGCAGAAGAAGCUGGACCAGAGGGCAGAGAUCCUGGACGAGCCAGUGCAUCCGAGGGUUCCACGCAACUCCUUCAUUUAUCUGGACAUCAAUCGCUACGAGCGAAAGAAGAACCACGCCCUGGCCUUGUACUCCCUUCGGCUUCUUGCGGACCUGCUGCCCGAUAUAGACUUUAAGCGUUGCCGGUUGAUCAUCGCCGGAGGCUAUGAUACCCGCUGCCUGGAGAACGUCGAGCACUUCGCGGAGCUGGAGAAACUCGUAGAGAAGCUAAAACUCCAGGACCACGUCAUCCUGCUGCGCUCGCCCACAGAUGAGGAGAAGUGCCGCCUGCUAUUCGCUGCCCACUGUCUGCUGUACACGCCCGAGAAUGAGCACUUUGGUAUUGUGCCGCUGGAGGGCAUGUACUGUUCCAAGCCAGUGGUGGCGCUGAAUAGCGGUGGCCCCACGGAAACAGUGGUACACACUUCUACGGGAUUCCUAUGCGAAAAGCAGGCGAAGAGCUUCGGCGGGGCUAUGUACCAGCUCUUCCGGGACGAACCGCUGCGUAUGAAGAUGGGCGAGCAGGCCCACAAACGCGUCCAGCAGAAGUUCUCAUUCCAGGCCUUUGCUGAUCGGCUCAAUAGCAUCGUCCAGGAGCUAACCACCAUUCCAGAGCAGUCGCGCAAAAAGAAAACUGAAUAAAAUUCAA